AUGGCGUCCCUGAUGACGGCCUGCGGCCUGUCGCACCCCCAGCUGCGCGCCCAGGCGCGCUGGACUGUCGCCGCCAUCGGCGCGACGCUGCUGUUUCGCAAGCUCGAGCGCCUGGGGUGCCCCAGUCCCGCAACCGCCAACGCCGACGCGUGGCUUUGCUCGGCGCGCGACGCGCUGGGCAGCCGCCUGAGCCUUGACCUCAGCGUCGGCCUGCUGCUGCUCGGCGGCCUGGCCGUGCUGGCGCUCGCCAGCUACCUGCUCUCCCGUGCGCUGCGCAAGGCGCCCGUGUACCUGCUUGACUUUGCCGUGCACAACCCCGACCCCAGCUGGCGCUUCUCCCGCGCCGACGUGCGGCGCGUGGCCGAGAAGAACGGCACCAUCCCCCCCGAGGACAUCGCCUUCAUGGAGAAGCUCGCCUUCCGCAGCGGCCUCGGCGACUCCACAGCCGUUGUGCCCGCCAUCCAGGCUGCGCCAGCGGAGAAGCCCGGCAUAGAGAUGGCGCGCCUGGAGUACGAGCAGACCUGCUUCUCGUGCGUGGAGGAGCUGCUGGCAAAGACGGGCGUCAAGGCUAGCCAGAUCGGCUUUGUGAUCACCAACAGCAGCCUGUUCAACCCCACGCCCAGCCUGAGCGCGGCCAUCAUCAACCGCUUCAAGCUGCGCGACACCACCAUCAACUACUCCCUCGGCGGCAUGGGCUGCAGCG